AUGGUUACGAGAAUCCUUGCCCCAGGGGAGGAGGAGAACUUGGAGGUGGAAGAAGAGGAGGAUGCUGCUACAGGAGCAGGCUCCCCAGAGUCCUUUCCCAACAGAGUACCAGGUACAUUGUUGCCACGGUUACCCUCAGAGCCCAGGAUGUCGCUGCUCACAAUAAAGAUUGACAAGAUUGGGCUGAAAGAUGCUGGGCAAUGCAUUGAUCCCUACAUGACAGUUAGUGUGAAAGAUUUGAGUGGCAUUGAUUUGAACCCAGUGCAAGACACACCUGUGGCAACCCGAAAGGAGGACACAUACAUUCACUUCAGCGUAGACAUUGAGAUCCAGAGACAUAUCGAGAGACUACCAAAAGGUAGUCAAACGUUCUAUUUCUACUGA